AUGCCUUUUACAAGGCGAGACGCCAGCACAGACUAUGUUCCAACCAAUACUCCCACAACGACAACUUGCCCACCAGAGCUGUCCAAACGCCCACCCGAAUUGUUUGUUUUAUGGAAAAAGUAUGAGUUUGGAACUGGUGGCAACAAACCCGCAAAGCUCUUCACAGCCAAGGAGCGAGGUGCUGUAAAGUGCACGUUAUCGCUUCGACUCACCUUUUGGAAUGCUGUUGAUUCGAUGAUUCGGCGAGGACACACGAGUGACACUGCUAUUGAUGCUGUCUGCGCGGUAUAUGGACGCGGUAAGUCUGCAACUUCGAUCUUGAGGGCCAUGCGAGACGACAAAGCUCGUGGCGGACAUCCCAACUUGUCGUACUUGUGA